AUGUCCGCAGGCCAAUCGAGAACAGGAACAGGACCUGGUGGGUUACCCGUUCCACAUCCCCUCGAGCAGCUCUCCGUCGCCGAGUCCGAUGUGGCUCGUCAGGUUAUCCUGGAUGCUCGCGGUGCCGGUGUUGCCCUGGCCUUUCGAUCGAUAGCUCUCCAAGAGCCGGCAAAGAGCGAGCUUUGUGCCUUUCUCGAGCUCGAACAUGCUGGCAAGCUCACGGCACAGACACCUCGCCCCGCGCGAUUAGCAAAAGUAUCAUACGAUAUCGUGCGGGGUGAUAGGACUCAUGAAUAUACCGAGUCUUUGGUGGAUGUCGUUUCAAGAAAGGAGGUUCAACAACGCGUGGUUGACAAGGCUCAUCAACCCGCCUUGACGACUACCGAAUUCGCUGAAUUCACGGAAGCUUGCUUUGCGUCGCCACUUUACAAAGAGGCCAUCGCCGAGUUUGAUCUCCCCGAAGGAUUCGUUGUCACUAUUGAUCCGUGGCCUUAUGGUGGGGAUGAUGAGGUUACGCCUCGGUACACACAAGGUCUCUGCUUCGCACGAGAUACCCGCUCGGGAAACGAGGAUUCAAACCACUAUGGCUACCCACUUCCUAUCAUCCCAGUCCUGGAUACAUACAGUAAGGAGAUUGUGCGGGUUGAUAAACUGGCCACAGGCGGGACCGAGGAUGGGUUAACGUACGGGACACAUACGAAGAAGGUCCUCGAGCACUGCGCUCCUUCUGAGUAUGUACCCGAGCUUCUUUCUCAGCCACUGCGCACCGAUAUCAAACCAUUGAAUGUCAUACAACCGGAAGGGCCAUCCUUUCAGGUCAGCGACAAUUUGAUCGAGUGGCAAAAAUGGAGAUUCCGGCUGGGCUUCAAUCCUCGCGAGGGCGCCACACUUCAUGACAUUCGAUAUGAUGGGCGGAGUGUCCUGUAUAGACUGAGUCUGAGUGAGAUGACAGUGCCAUAUGGCGAUCCAAGACCCCCAUUUCAUCGCAAGCAAGCCUUUGAUUUCGGUGAUGCUGGUGCAGGGCGUGCAGCCAAUAACCUGUCCCUUGGUUGUGAUUGUCUUGGGGUGAUCAAAUACUUCGAUGCCGUAUUGACGGAGUCUGAUGGAACGGCCAGCGUUAGCAGAAACGUCGUUUGUUUACAUGAACAGGAUAAUGGGAUCGGCUGGAAGCACACGAAUUUCAGGACCCAGAGAGCGGUUGUAAGCCGCUCUCGCGAGCUUGUGGUUCAAUUUAUCAUUACACUUGCUAAUUAUGAGUACCUCUUUGCGUACAAAUUUGACCAGGCUGGGGGGAUUACCAUCGAGACGCGAGCUACAGGAAUUGUCAGUGUGGUCAACAUUGACCCCGGGAAAACGAGCCCUUGGGGCAAUGUUGUGUCUGGGGGUGCUUUGGCUCAAAACCACCAGCACUUAUUCUGUAUCCGGAUCGAUCCUGCGAUUGAUGGACACGCCAACACAAUUUUUAAAGAGGAGUCGCUCCCAAUGCCUAUAUCUAAAGAGCUUAAUCCAUACGGCAAUGGAUACGAGGUCAGGCGGACACCUGUUCGGAAAUCACAAUUCUUCGAUGCUUCACCGAUGACAAACCUUACAGUGAAAAUGACAAAUCCGUCCAAGUUGAAUCCUAUUUCUGGCCGACCUGUUUCCUAUAAGUUUAUCCCUGCUGCGUCACAGCUCCUCCUAGCACACCCGGACAGUGUAGUGGCUAAAAGAGCUCAAUUUGCACAGCAUCAUGUAUGGGUUACAAAGUAUAAAGAGGGCGAGCUAUGGGCAGGCGGAGAAUUCACCAAUCAAAGCAAGAAGGAAGUGGAUGGUGUAGCAGACGCGGUGGCGAGAAAUGAUGAUGUUGAGAACGAGGACGUUGUUGUUUGGCACACGUUUGGCCUCACUCACAACCCAAGAGUUGAGGACUGGCCCGUCAUGCCUGUUGAGAUACAUCAGAUCCACCUCCGCCCAGCAGAUUUCUUUACUGCCAAUCCCGCCAUUGACGUUCCCGGCACAAAGAAUCAUACUUCUGUCCUGGCACCGGGAUCACAAUCAUGUUGUGGAAGCGGUGAUGUCCAACGAUCUCCUGCAUCUCAUAUGCAAGGGACUGGUCCAGAUUUGGACCCGAAGAGCAAGUUGUGA